GCAGCGGUAAAGUCGGGUGUGAACCCGAGCUUUCAGCUCUUCAAGUCCGGGUGUCGCUCCAGGGUCGCGAGCUAUGGGAACAAUUUGGCGAUAUAGGAACUGAGAUGCUCAUCACCAAAACAGGAAGAUGGGGGGCAUAGCAACACUACGGACCACCCCCAGGCAUCCUCACGUACCUUGUGCUCCAUCAGAUUUUUGGGGUGCAUGACACCCUUUGGCGGGGUUCAUUGUAACAGGCUGCAGGGUUAAAUGUAACACUGUUUUCAAUGAUAAAAAUGAGGGGCGUAUGUUUCCGAGCUGCAGAGUCACUGUGACAGGGUUGAAUCCUCAGGCAAAGUAUGUGUUGAUGAUGGACAUGGUCUCGUUUGAUGACGACAAAUACAAGUGGAGCAGGGAUCACUGGGAAGUGAGUGGUAUGACCGAGUCACAUCUUCCCAACCGCUUCUUCAUCCACCCAGACUCUCCCUCCCUGGGGGAGAGGUGGAUGCAAUACCCCGUCUCGUUCCACAAGCUCAAACUCACCAACAACACCCUCAACUCCAGUGGCCUGGUGGUUCUUCACUCCAUGCAUAAGUACCAUCCCCGUCUGCACAUCGUCCAAUCUCCAGACCCCUACAACCCUCUGUCAGGGGGCUACCUGCGCUUUACCUUCCCCGAGGCAGCCUUCAUAGCUGUCACUGCCUACCAGAACUCAGAGAUAACAAAGCUCAAGAUAGACAACAACCCCUUUGCAAAAGGAUUUCGUGACAAUGGGCUGAACAGAAAAAGGUUCAGAGAAAAGGAAGGUCAGAGCACCGAAAAACUAAAUGAAAGACAACUCCAGAUGGAAUUGAAAUCUUCAAAUGUAGGAUCCAGAUCAGUGGAGUCAGAUGAUGAGGCUGAUGUCAUCGUCUCAAGCUCUAGCUCAGUGAAUUCUUAUGGUGCAGCAGGAUCCAGGACUGAUGACAUCACGUCUCUCUCUGCUGCACAUAACCCCUUAAUCUCUGCCUUCAUGAACUGGGGGGCUGCGGCUGCAGCCCUGCCCUGUGGCCAGGAGGGAUGGGGGAUCCAGGACACAAUGACCCACAACACCCACACAUACAACACACUUACUACCAGGGACUAUGGCAGCCCUGGGCAGCAUAACGAAGCCAGGAAUACUGGUUUAUCAAACGUUGCUUCUCCUCUCUUCCUCCCACACCUUCCACUGGGCCAGACUCACCACCUAGGGUCUGUUGGCUUCAGAAGGCCCCAGGCGCAGAGCAGGAAACCAGUGGGGCCUCACCCACUUCACCACCGAGGAGGUCCAAGUGGUCCAGCACCAGAACUCUCCCAUAGCCACACAUCAGACCACCAGCCUCAGCAGCAGCAGCCACAGCCCCAUCAGGCUGAGUUUGACUACCCUCUCCCCCUGCCCCCAAAGGUCAGCAGGAUGCACCUAACUGAGAGUGCCCUGUGUAGCCUGGAGAAGAGCCCCUCCCCCUCGGUGUCCGGCAGCACUUGGUCCCUCACCGACAUGCUCAACAGGAUCCAAAGCAGGGAAGGGUUUGGGAUCAACUCAGUGAGCCCCCAGGGGAAGCUGCUCUAAGCCCAGACCCAGUAUGAGAGGCCAGGCCUGGAGCUGGGGGUGAACAAGGAGCUCCGGCCACCACAGCCCAAUCCACCACUACCUGAUGAUGAGCCAGAGUACCUGCCUCUCCACAACAUGAUGCGCUACCACCAGAACAGCUUGAUUGGCUCUGCUGGGCUGCUAAGAGACAACUAUGUGGACCCUAGAGUGCCCUCCUGUAAGUCACCUAUGCUCGACCUAUAAGUGAUCUCUUGUUCAGUAAACACAACAGGUCAGGUAGACAUGAACAUUUUCCCCCACCACUUGUGGACAUCUAGCAACAUCCCUGGGUAGACUUGAGGCAAAUUAAUAUGCAAUAUUGAGUCAUGUAUAGUUUAUUUCCCUUUGCUAUGUUAGACGUUGCAAAAAGAAUAUACAUUUUUUUCAGUUGUAAAAUGGGGAAGUGGUUUGCUAGGAUAAGGAACUGGGGACUCUUUUGCCCUGACAUUAGAUUUUUAUCAUUUGUAAGGGGAGCUAACAACUAUGCAAUAGAUUUGCAUGUCUUAACCAUCAACAUGUUUCCCCACUUUCUUGGGACAUUGUAAUUAACAGUAAAUAAUGAGUGAGAUUAUAUGUGAGAUGUGAAUGCAGAAGAGCAGUGGUUAAUCAAACAUACAAAAUGUUUUUUUGUUUGUUUUGAUGUUAAGGCUGAUAACAUUAGCCAUAUCCAUACUGUAUGUGUCGUUGUCAUGCUAGACAAGUUGGCUACAGUACGUACAGCAUAAGAGUUAUGGGACGAGGAUAAUGUAACAGGCCACUGGUAACUGAUUCUCUGAAAGAAUACUGAGGAAACUGUAUGAGGUGGCAGAAUAUUUAUUACAGGGAAGUGAAUCAUACUUUGCAACAGCAAGACUGGAGGAUAUGAGGGUCACAUGUUCACAUGCUGAAAUAUCCAUUUGGGACCAGUUUUCGAGUAGUAUGUAAUGAAACAAUCUAUAUAAAUCCAAAAUAGACAAAUUCUCAUAAACACAUUUAUUAAGUUUGAAUAGAUAUUGUAUAUUUCAAUAAUGUGCAAUCUUUUUUAUAAUAUAAAUACACUGCAUUCGGAAAGUAUUCAGACCCGGUUAUACAUGUGUGCAAAUUUACAACAAUAAAAAAACUGAAAUAUCACAUUUA